AAAGGCAUAGUGGGAAGAGUUGAGGUAGAUGAACAGAAAUAAUUAAAAGAUGAAGACUUCAGUGGCUGUGUUGGGUCUAUCCCUCUUCUAUCUGUCUGUGGCUGAGGUUCUGCAGCUGGAUCAACAAGCAGAAGACAUGAAUAAGACUGAGAGUGCCAGCAUUCAGCCAGCUUGUCCCUGUGCUGGUGACAUGACAGAGAGCCAGAAAAACUAUAAUCAACUUGUUUGGACCUUAAGAGAAUUGGAGGCCAAACUGCAAAACACUGAGAAACAGCUACAGAAUCUGAGGAUAGAGGCCCAAGGUAACAAGGUGGCAUUUGGAGCAUCCAUCGGCAAUGUUGGAAAUAUUGGACCCUUCAAUACUGAGAUCACACUGACCUACAAGAAUGUCUACUCAAACACAGGCGCAUACAACCCCUCAACAGGUAUUUUCACUGCUCCAGUCAAAGGAGUCUACUACUUCAGCUUUUCUGGUCACAAUAUAUCAUCUAAACCGAUGGGGCUGCGACUGAUGAAGAAUGGAGCGCAGAUGGUUACUGUGUACAAUCAUCCAGCAGGAAGCCGCUAUGAGACAGCGACCAAUGGCAUAACUCUACAACUUAAAGUGGGAGACCAGGUGUACAUGAGACUCCGGGCAAACACCUGGAUUUUUGAUAAUGCUAAUAACCACAGCACCUUCAUUGGCCAUUUGUUAUUCCCCCUGUAAAUGAAAUGAAAGUCAGAUAAGCCAAAGAGGGAGAGCUUUAAAGAGAAGCAGAGUAGUAAGUACUCACUAUAUUACUGUUGCUGGUGGUGGUAAUGUUACAAUUUAAAAAUGGAGACUCAAAUUGAUGUGAGAGAAAGAGAGAUAGGAUGUAGACAUACAUAUUUCAGGGGGGCAGUUACUGAAAAUUGUAGAUGAUAGCAGCUGAGGCAUUUUCAACGUAAAUAUUCAAAAUAAUGCAAUAAUGCAAUAAUGCAUGCUUAUUAAUAAAGGUACUAUUACUCCAGCUCAAACAAAGGUGCAAUCAUUAAAAAAAAAAAAAAAAUCCUUUGCCUUUCAUUUGAUAUGAGCUACACCAUUUCAUAACUGUAAGUCAAAUGCAAAACCCCAGUUAGCAUUUUUCUUUUUAAAGUUCAUUAUUAUUUUCCCAUUUGGAAAUGAAAGUCAAUUAAAAUCCAAAUUCAUUGUUAUUUUAGUCACAGUGAGUUUGUAUUUCAGAUACACUGACAAAUGUUUGUUGAAAAAAAAAUUUAAAUAGAUUUUUUUCUAUUUAAGUUUUGUUAUAUAAAGAUUGCACAAAUUAUCAUUUUUCAACUAAAAAUGAAUUUAUUUUAAUACCGGCAGUUCUGAACUUCCAUACAUUUAUAAAUAGUGCUUACACUUAUUCACCGUCUUGUCAAGGCCCAGAGUUAGAUCAAAAGAUUGACACCACUGUCAUGUCAAAGUCCAAAAACUGGUAAUAGCGCAAAAAGGCAAAUAUGUGCACAGACAUGAGUGUGGUAUCUUCAAACCUUUCUUCUAAAAGACAGUGUGGAAGAGUUUUUCCAAAAGUGUUGACCUAUUCCUUUAAAGUUAAGACACAGAGAUAAUAUUCGUGACAGGGAAGCACAUGAUCAUGCUUGACCGUCCAUAUGUUUACCAGAAAAAGCCCUUGGCUCUGCUGCAUCACUGUGACUAAAACAGAGAAGUUGUUUCAGUAUCAUUGUAAAUUUACAAGAAUGCAACUUUACAGAGCUUUCAUUUUGGUUCAUUUUCAGUGAACAAAGUUGAACCAUCAUGUAUUUUUAUGUAUUUUAAUAAACAGAAUGCUAUUUAAAUGUACAUUUCUGAGAAACAGUUUUGUCCAUACACAACUACAUCCUCUUUCCUCUGCGGUUACAGACGCUACUGUUGCAAAAUCUUGGUCAAGCUUUAGCUACAAAUAGGGCAUAAGUUGAAAGACAACUUUCUUGUGUCUACAUUUUGUCACUGGCUAAACCUAUUUUCACUGCUGAGGUCAGACUGUGUGUGUGUGUUGUCAUUUGCCACAGUGGUUUGAGUCCAUGUGUUUCACUGUUUUAACAAUAAUAUAGCCAUGAAAGCGUUUUAGGAGGAGGUGUCUGAGGUGUCUUUUAGGGCCAUCAGAUGACCUCUUUGACUGUUACCAUUUCUUUCUCAGGCUGUCUGUCCAAACAGCUCGUAGCAGCUCAUAACAACUACUGUAUAUUACAGUCAUAUGAUCCUGCUGGCUUCUUUGCUCAAACCAGAUCACAUGGAGUCACUGCAUGCAAAGCCACACAAGUGAAAUCUAUUCAUCCUCCUCCCACUCUGUGCCUCAUUUUUCUAUCAAGUGCUCCAUCCUUACUUUGACAUUAUUUCCUAAAGUACACGAGGUUUGGCUCAGGUUGAGAAAAAGAAAAGGCCUCGGAGCAGUACAGCACUGAGGUCACGUCCUGUGUCAUGGGCACCUGAGGAAGGACAGGCUGUGACAACGCAAACAAUUUAUUUCUACAUGCUCAAGAGGAACUGUGUGUCUGUUUCAACAUUUCAUAGAUCUGAAGUGAAGUUACCACAACACAGGAAGCGCCCUAUCAUCCACCCUUCCUUUUCCCCAUACACUAAAAAAGCCCAACGUAUCAGUGAGCUGUGGUUGACAGAUUUGCAUGCAAAGAAAUGCUGAUGUAGCACAGAUUAUAGGCGUAGACGCUUUAUGCUAAACAGGUUAAAUGAUACAGAUGAUAAACUGAAUAUAAAAUUGUUUCUUAGCUUACGUGUAUUACUAUGCUAUGCCAGUGCUAUGCCAGGCGACUUGUGAAACAGUAGAGUUUGUGUAAUAUUGCUGUAAGCAGAAGAGGAUGUCAGUUUUCAGGCAAACCUCCACCUCAGGGAUUUAGGGAAAACUGUAUUUGGAAUAUUAUUGUAAUUCAUUAUAUAUUAUACAAUGUUUUUUUAAUGUUAAUACAGUCCUGCAGACCGACAACAUUACUUCAUCAGGAUAUUUUGGAUAUGUGUAUGUACAACUCUUGUGGUCAAUAAUGAUGCAACAAUUCGUAAGCAGCAUUUUAGGGUUGUAAAUGGUCCCGGUGGAGCUAGUUUCAACUAUUUCAUAUACAGUUAGGUAGUUUGGUCACCCACCAGUGUUUCACAUAACAAAUCUGAGUGGUUUUGAAAUGUUCAUUGGGGUAGGAAAGAGGAUAAAACAAGGUUCUGCUACACAUAUUUGUAUAAAUUUAAUGUUAUUCAUAAUGUGAAAUUAGAAUCAGUCUGUCAUAUAAAUGUAGGAGGAGUAGAAGUAUAAACUAUUGUAACAUGUAAGUAGAAGUAGCUCAGAACUGUACAGAAGUACAAUAUUUGAGAGAAUGUAUUUGGUUAUUUUCCACUGAUAGGCAGGAUGUGACAGCAGGCCUGCUGUUGCUCAUUCUAUCUGUUGUGUUAGGUAGUAUUUUACACCAGUGAAGCAGAGUGAACACAUUCAACCACUUUCUAGGAUCAAAGAUCAUUAGCUUCAUCAGUUUGACACAUCCGCCUUACGUGUUUUGUGCUGUGUUUCAUUUCUUAGAAUCUCAAUCUGUAGAGACUGUAUGAAAAUAUUGGGUUUUUUGAUGACAAGCAAAUGUCUGACCCCUAAUAGUGAAUGUUAUAAUGAGCCUCACAUGAUCCAUACUUAUCAUUAAAGGUAAAACAUUUUCCAACCAGAUAGAAAGGUCUAUGAGUUAGGAAUUACUGCAAUGUUUUUAGAGUUGUAGCUUGGAUAGCCGUGCUACUGCAGAUACUGAUAAUGAAAACAAAGUGGGCAUCGCCAGCCUCGCUGUCUUUACCUGGGACUUGAAUAGUGUGAGCAUGUCCUUAAGAUUAAAUUUGGUAAUCUGACCUUGAAUCUCUGUGGUAAGAGGGACAGAAGCAGAAGCUCAUUGGCCAGUCUGAGGAGCAGCUUACCAAAUACCAGCCUACAGUAUGUAUGGCUGAUUGAACUUGGCUGCAGACACAAAAAGCCCUCUCUGUGCUCCACUCUGCAGCCUAGAAAACAUGCGGCGAGAAAGAGGGGAAACAGCUCUCCCCAGCUAAACACACUUACUGGAAACCCUACCCACUAACCAAACAACUGGACUGAGAAGUUUUUUAUUCGGCCGGGCCACGAUGGCUGCGAUCACUUACUUUAUACCAAUACUAACUAGAUAUUGAAGGCUAUUCAGCCUCAUGUGAACAAUAAACAUUCAAAACUCUUCAUUUUUGUAAACAAGUGUCAAAUAUGGCAUCUAGUGCCACAAUAUAUAAAUACCAAGAAAAGCUACAUGUGUCUGACACAAGGAAAACAGAAGAAUGAAAUCUUAAGAUCUGCAACUUAUUAUUAUUUUCAUUGGCUUUUUUUUGGAUUAAUUGAUUAGUCAUUGAAAAAUGUGCAACACAACUUCCCAGAGCCCAGGGUGGCGUCCUCAAAACUCUGAUUUAAAACAGGACAGAAGCAGCAAAUCCUCACACUGGUGAAGCUGGAACUAGAAAAUGUUUAAAAUGUUGUUUCAUAAAUUACUUAAAUGAUUGAUUAUCAAUCUUAUCUUUCUGAUUAAUUUUCUAUUGGUUGACUACAACACUGAAACUGAAUUUAAAGUACCCCUAAAGUAAAAUGUAUACACUUUAUGUUACCAGCAGAGACAAUCACAGCACACAGUGUUACGUAAAAUGCAUUUUGUAUUACAAGUCUUUCAAACUGACAGGUGGAUGGCAGAAGAUUUGUCCAAAGGGAGAAUUACAAUUACGGUAAGUCAAAAAUGUCACAUUUUUAGAAGAGAAAAAAUAAUAAUAA